UCUGCGACGAAACGCGCGAGUUGUAGCCAACGUUUGACCUGCAGUGAUGCGUUGUCUUCGCAUUUUGAAAUCGCUGUGAAGUGUUCCUCUGACGUGACCAACUGUAUCGGACUCUGAUUUCUCACGAAUACUUACCUAUAUCCUCUCCUUCAUUGUGUCGAGGACCAGUGUUUCCCUUUUGUGUGUUCAGGCGUGUGCAGUGCAGUGUUUUGUCGUGUCGUACUCAACUGUGUGGGAUUGCUUCGAAGUGUGGCUUGUUAGUGUUGUUUUGUGAAUGUGAGAGAGACGGGAUUGUGUCUAGCGAUGUAAGGACAGAAGGUACAGGCAAAACAAAAAAGCCUUCAAGAUUUAUCUGGUGUAAAGUGGCCGAGGAAAAGGGACAAGCAGCUCUGCAGAGAGUUUCUGUACUUUAGCAGGAGUUUCCAAGCAGCAUCUAGACUACGUGGAAUGGUCAAAGCUUCCGGCAUGACCUGACCUUGAAGAAGAAGUGCUGGGAGUGUGUUCUUCUAAGGACUUGUUGUGGAGAAAGCACUGGCACCACAAGAAGGCUCGUGAUGCGGACGGGACUAAGGUCAUCGCGCUCAAAUCUCGAACUUGAUCCCGAGUAGCAGAGUGAAGCAUCUCUACGUCUAAGCAGACGGGCAAUAACGCCCCUGCGAUAGCCUUUUCCUCAUCAUGUCACCUCAUGGUCUGCACGGAGGCCCAGAGCAGCGCAACCACUGCCGUUCGCACCACCUAUCGGCGACGAACGCAACUAAAUUUCUGCUCACCACAGUGCUGCUUGUGGUGUUCUUGUCGACAAGGUGCACAGCAUCUGCAAAGAAACCGGAGGACCUGCCAGACGUAUUGGCGUCGUACACGACUUUUAACGAGACGGUUAAUUUUACGCACUUCGUGGUGGAUUCGGCGACCGGAAGAGUGUAUGUAGGUGCUACGAAUUGGCUGUAUCAGUUCAACGCGUCUUUGGAGCUAGAAGCCGCGGUUCAGACGGGCCCUGUGGAGGACAGUGUGCUGUGUUCACCGUCGGAUUGCAGCGGGGUCGACGCCGAGCCGACAGAUAAUAUCAACAAGGUCUUGAUAAUCGACCAUAAAACCCGGAGGCUCAUCGCCUGCGGCAGCGUACACCAGGGCGCUUGUCGUCGACACCACCUCGAUGACAUUACCCAGCAAGAAGCCCUUGUCUCUAUCCCUGUCGCCGCCAAUGAUCGCAACUCUUCCACCUUCGCCUUCAUCGGCCCCACCCACUACCACGGCCACAAAUCCCGUGCCCUGUACGUGGCCACCACCAACAGCCGCCAGGGGCCGUACCGAGACAUGGUCCCUUCCAUCUGCAGCCGUUACCUCGAAGACCGUCGACGGCGUGACCGGACCAUGUUCGCCAUCAUCGAACAAUCAUUCUCAGCGACACCACGCGUUGACAUUGCUAACCACAUCAAGGACUAUUACCUCGUGCACUACGUGUACGGCUUUCACACGGACCGUUUCGUAUACUUCGCGACUAUUCAACGGAAGAGUCACUUGCGAGCAUCGGAAGAGCUAGGGUACGUCAGCAGACUCGCGAGAGUCUGCACUUCAGACCCAGCCUACAACACGUACACGGAAGUGACGCUGCAGUGCUUGGGACCCGAUGGAACCAAUUACAAUCUGUUGAGGGACGCUGUGGUGAUGACCGCCGGCGAAGAUGUGGCGGAUGACUUGAGGCUCGAUGCGGGUGGGGCGGAGAGCAGGGUGUUGGUGGGCAUCUUUGUGAUUAGUGCGGAUCACACGACGCGCCCGGGGACCAAGUCUGCAGUUUGUGUAUAUUCUAUGAGUGAAAUAGAACAGAAGUUCUCGGAGAACGUUCACAUGUGUUAUAACGGCAGUGCGUUGACGAGGAAUAUGGAUUACAUCGCUGGGAGCAUCAAUCAGUGUCCCGAGCCUGGGAAAGCUGGCAACGUUUUGAACUUCUGCAACGAAACCGUCAAGUUGAAUGGAUCUGUUCCCAUCUCUACCCAAGCCGCAAUCACUUACUCCAACGAAACGCUCAGUUCUGUUGCUGCGGUUCUUGUAGGACUACACAACGUCGUCUUCGCCGGUACAGCACGAGGUUCGCUCAAAAAGAUCUUGUUAAUGGGAGCAGUAGAAGCUCAAGAGUUCGAAGAAGUCGUCCUCGACCCUGGUCACGAGAUUUUACCUCAGAUUUAUGUGGACCCGACGCAAAACCACCUCUUUGCUGUCUCGAUCUACAAGGUGAGCAAGGUUCGCAUUGAGAAGUGUGCAGAGUCAGCAACGUGCCAAGAGUGCCUGGCUUCCAAAAACCCAUUCUGCGGCUGGUGUUCCCUGGAGAGACGAUGCACGGUGAAGACCCAGUGCCAGAACGCCACGUGGACCCUGGCGGAGCGCAGUUCCUCUCCCCGUUGGCUCUCGCUGGGCUCCAACAAGUGCAUCGACUUUCUGGCCGUUCGCCCGAAGAAGCUGCCUUACCGCUCCAUGGCUAUGGUGGAGCUUGUGAUCAACCAGUUGCCGCAACUACCGUACGGCGCCCACUACCUGUGCGUUUACGGAAGCAGCCAGCCAAUCCAAGCCAGAGUGACGCACACUGGCUUAGCGUGCAUGACGCCACUGGUCGCAGCCAGGCCUCUCAUACCUCCCGGAAAGGAUCACGUGAAUGUUAACCUGGCUGUGAGGUCUAGCGAGACAGACACUGACUUUAUUCACCGGGAGUUCGUCUUCUUCGACUGUGGUGUCCAUAAAACAUGCAAAGCAUGCGUCAUGAGCUCUUGGCCUUGCAACUGGUGCCUUCACGAAAAUCUCUGCACGAGCAAUGCGACCGACUGUUCCAGACGGGUCAUCGUGGGCGAGAGUCACUCGCAAAACUCGCUGAUCAAGGGACGUCAACACUGCCCCAGCUUCAGCAUCGACGAUGAGAUCCUUUUGCCCCACGAUGCUCGCAAGGAGAUUGCGGUGGAAGUGAAAAACCUGCUCACUCCGCUGGAGGGGUUCCAGUGCGUGGUAGAAAUCGAGGGAGCCAAGGAGCGUGUUUUUGCUCGGGUCCGCGACAACAAGGUCAUCUGCACGGAAAGCGUGUACAAAUACGAAGCUGAACAGGGUGAGCUACAGGCUUCACUGACAGUGCUUUGGAACGGAGACACGUUUAUCGACAGGACUAACGUGACUCUCUACAAGUGUCAUCUGCUGGGAAGUCACGCCGGGCGCCAGGACUGUUCUCUCUGUCUCACACGCGACCGCAGGUACCAGUGUUCCUGGUGCGGUGGGUCUUGCAACUACGGCCCGUCAUGCAUGGAGCCCGUGACCACGUCGUGUCCUCCGCCUCGCAUUGACUGGAUUCAUCCCUUGAAUGGGCCCGUUGAAGGAGGAACACUGGUUACAAUUGAAGGGAGUAAUCUGGGCACGAGCCAAGAAGAGAUUAAGGACAAGAUCCUCAUUGGCGGGGUACCCUGCAUUCCUGUAGAGUACAGUGUGUCCGUCAGGGUCGUAUGCAGAACUCAGCCCAGCCCCCAUGGACCUCAGGCGUCGUACGUCGUCAUAGGAAACCGGGCCGGGAUAACAAAGGCCCAAGAGAAGUUCUACUACAAGCCCGUAGAGCUCACUGGUGUGCUCCCAAAAGUGGGCCCUCACUCUGGAGGAACGCGCCUCUACCUCAACGGUACCAAUUUGAACGUCGGAAGCCACGUCGACGUUUUCCUCGAUGAUAUUGCGUGCCACGUUGAACGCUCUCUGGCAAGCAGCAGCCAGAUCAGUUGUCGAACGUCCCGGUCACCUUACCCUUCUUACCACGUAUCCAAACUUCUGCUUCGGAUUGACGGAGCAAACCUUACGUUGUCCAGUCCCUUUUUUUACACGGAGGAUCCUUCCUUGCGUCGAAUUCAACCACUGAAGAGCUUCUUAAGUGGCGGAAGACACAUUCACAUCUACGGUACAAACCUCACAUCAAUCCAGCAACCACGGAUGGUGGUGUUCAACAGUCAGCGCCAGAUAAAUGAAACGUCGUGCCACGUCCUCAACUCAACGGUCAUGGUGUGUCCCUCACCCGCCGUCUUGGCGCAGUCCAGUGCCUCAGAAUUUGCGCCAGACCCCAAAGACGACCCCGGCGUCGUACCACAAGCCGUGGCCAAGGGUCAGCUCCAGAGAAAUACUGACGAAGAAGAAGAAGAGGCGGCACUUCGGCUUCAGAUGGGCUUCAUCAUGGACGAUGUACAGUCUGUUCAAGAACUGGACAAGUUCUACCCGGAUAUACCAUCGGAUAUCGUCUACGUGACGGAUCCACAUUUCUUUCCGUUUGAUAACGACGGCAUAAAGCUGUACAAAGGGGAGUCUCUUGUCAUUGAGGGAGACAGCCUACGCCUGGCAAGCACGGAAUCUGAAGUUAACGUAACCAUCGGAACCCGGCCGUGCAACCUGACGUCGCUUAGCAUGACCCAGCUGGUGUGCACGCCUCCUGAAAUCCAGCCUCCGAGCACAGACGAAAUUGGACGCAGGGUUGACAUCGACCUGCCCGUUGUCGUUGUACGUGUGGGUAGCAAUCUUCGUUACGAAGUUGGCUACCUGAGAUACGAAGUCGCCAAGUCCUACGAGUUUCCUCCAGAAGCGGUGGGAGCUGUUGCUGCUGGCGGAGCGGUGCUCAUGCUGCUCAGCCUAGUCAUCCUCGGCAUCCUACGUCACAAGAGUUCGCAGGCAGAACGAGAGUACAAGCGAAUUCAGCUCCAGAUGGAUACUCUCGAGAACAGCGUUCGCUCCGAGUGCAAGCAAGCUUUCGCUGAGCUCCAGACUGACAUGACUGAUCUCAACAACGACAUUCAGUCGACUGGAAUACCAACUCUGGACCACAAGACGUACAUGGUGAAGGUGUUUUUCCCAGGAGUGCCAAAUAGCCCAAUCCUACAGGAAGUCAAACAGAUAAAUGGGCCUUACAACAAUUACGAAGUGGCUAUGGCGAACUUCGAGCGUCUGAUUCACAACAAGAGUUUCCUGCUGACCUUCAUCGAUACUCUAGAAAGCCAGAACAGUUUCAGCAUCAGAGACAAAGUUAAUGUUGCAUCGCUACUUAUGAUAAUCCUGCUAGACAGGAUGGAAUAUGCUACUGAUAUUCUGAAAGAGUUGCUUCUGCGCUUGGUCGAGAAAUACGUUGGAACGAAACAUCCUCAACUAAUGCUAAGGAGAACCGAAUCUGUCGUGGAGAAGAUGCUGACAAACUGGAUGGCUCUUUGCAUGUACAGUUACAUCAAGGACUACGCCGGGAGGUCUCUGUUCUUGCUCUUCAGUGCGAUUAAGCAUCAAGUGGAGAAGGGGCCAGUGGAUGCUAUUACCCAUGAUGCGAGAUAUUCAUUGUCCGAAGAACGCCUUCUUAGAGAACAGAUAGAUUAUACCACUGUGACAAUACAAGUAGUCCAAGAAGAGCAAGACGAGAAAGUAUUUUGCAAAGUCAACGAUUGUGAUACUAUCAGCCAAGUGAAGGCCAAGGUGCUAGAUGCGUUGUACAAGAACACACCAUGCUCUAUGAGACCCCUAGCGUCAGAAGUGGACUUAGAAUGGCGACACGGACGGGGUGGUCACCUGAUCCUGCAAGAUGAAGACCUAACUACGAAGCUCGUGCAUGGGCGAAGGAGGAUCAACACACUGACACAUUACGGCAUUCCUGAUUCGGCUAUCAUGAGCUUGGUUACUAAAAAGAAGAGAUAUGGCUCGAAUGGGACUACUGUGUAUGGCCCUGUAAGCCCACUAUCAGUUCGGAACAACAACUAUGAGAAUCAUUAUGGAACCGGUGUCAGGUACUGGCAUCUCGUAAAGCUCGUCGAUGAACAUCAAGACUCUCAACAGGACCAGAGGCACAAGGCCAUACCAGAAAUAUUCCUUACGAGGUUGCUUUCAACAAAGGGUACCAUACAGAAAUUCGUCGAUGACUUCCUACACACAAUACUGACGGUGACAGACGUGCUCCCGUGCGCCGUCAAGUGGCUCUUCGAUAUCUUAGACGACGCAGCUGCCAAGAACGGUCUCACAGACCCUGAAGUGCCCCACGCUUGGAAAAGCAACAGCCUUCCUCUUAGGUUCUGGGUAAACCUUGUGAAGAACCCAGAUUUCAUUUUCGACAUUGAGAAAACGCCUAUCUUGGAUUCCUGCCUUUCUGUCAUAGCACAGACAUUCAUGGACGCAUGCUCCACGACAGAACAUCGUCUUGGAAAGGACUCGCCAUCCAACAAAUUGCUUUUCGCCAGAGACAUCCCAUCGUACCGAGAGAUGGUCUGCAAAUUUUACCAGGACGUCGCGAACCUACGUGCUGUCACUGAUCAGGAGAUGGCAACCGCAAUGCGAGCUCUAUCACUAGCACAUUCUGGAGAAGUGGACACAUUAAAUGCCUUAAAAGAGCUCUACAUUUACGUCACCAAAUAUAACGAUCAGAUCUUUGAAGCGCUCGAAGAUGAUGAAGACUGUCAACAGCUGGAAUUGGCCCAGCACCUGGAAACAGUGGCGUGCACACUGAGUGGUGAACGGACGUCUCUGUGCUGAAGCACUUGAACAGCAUAUGUGCUUGUACUUGAAGCAUUCAUAUGUGCCGGUCUCUCCUUCUCAUCAUGUGAUAAAUUGCAGCGGAGGUACUGGCAUCAUAGGAACAAACUUCGCUGUGCUUUCCGAGUGUACGGAAUUUUCAUUCAGGAAAGGAAAAAAAAAAGACAGUAUGAGUCAAUGCAUAGUUGCUGGAAGUCCGAGAUCAAGUUUGGGAUAAUUGUGAAGAUGCGUGUUGACACAGCGUGAUAGUAUUAUUUUGUGAAUAUGUCUGAAACCACAAUGGUGCCUCAAGUGUUUCUAUGACAGCACGUGGACAUUACGGCGCUAGACGGGUGUAGAGUUUCGGCCGUUCGUGUUCUCUACUAGUCUCGAUGUGUUGCACAGGCGUGGAAACAGCCAUACAUCAUACACUUGUACAAACUUGUAGCUUACUUGUAUAGGAGUCGUUGCAUCUCAAAGAAUCCAUUGCAAAAGUCAAGGUGCGAACUGCGUAGUUGACAUUGAAGGACAACACUUUCUGCUACAGUUAUCAUCGUUCAGGAAAGCGUCAGGGCAUAUUUAUGUUAAUUCUACCAAGUUUCUGACGAAUUGCGUGUGCAGACGAGUGUCGCGAUGGAUUUGGAAAUACGUGGGCUGACUUCAAGUUCUGCAGCACGUACAGGAUUAAGUCUUUUUUAUAUCUUAAGACCUAAUGCUUUUCCCUCAUGUUGUCUGCCGUUCAGUACCUACAUUUGGUUUGAUAGUCUCGCAUAUGGAUUGUAUUGUCGAAUGAUCCCCAUUGCAGUGCGUGUUCGUACACAAACAAAACUAGUCGAAGUCGCCUGCUUGUAUACUCGUUGUUGUCGAUUUUGUUAGAAUUUGAUGCAAAAGCGUGUGAAUAAGACCUCACUUCUGGGAAGCGUUUAUUUAUUUUGUAGAAACAUUUCUCCAUACUAGUCAUACAUAUUGAUAGGUGUUGCCCGUGUACAGUUUCAUGCAGCCUGUAUAUGAUGCCCUUGUGAUAUUGCCUACUUCUAAUAUAUCAUACUUUUGCAGAAUAA